AUGCGACUAUAUUUAGGCAUCAUCGCGGCCGCCGCGGCCGCCGCGGCGCCGCAGGACGCCGACGACGAAGCGAUCGCGUGGCGCGGCGCGAGCGCGUCCGAGGCGGCGGCGGCCAAGGCCUGGGCGUCGUCGCUGCGGUUCCCGCUGGCCCCGCUGCUCCAGGUGGCGCUCGUCGCCGGCGGCGCGGCGCAGCCGCCGUCGGCGCUCCUGCGCGCCGACGCGGGCUGCGCGACGCGGGCCAUGCGGUCCGGCGCCGCGCACGUGCGGCGCAACGGCACGGUCGUCGUCGCGCCCGUCGACGCCGCCGCGGUCGAUUCGCUCGUGGACCGGUGGAACGCCGAGGUCGACGGCGCCGACAGGAGCCACCUCAUGCCCUGGUACGACGUCCACGUGAAGCCCGUGCUCGACGCGGCGGCGCCGGCCGUGGGAAUCAACGGCCUCCUGCGCGCGCUGCCGCGCAUGCGCGGGUGCCUCGCGCCGGGCUCCGGAGGCGACGCGCAGGGCAUGAUGAUGCACUACCUGGGCACGUACCUCGUCGACGGCCUCGGCGCGUCGGCGGCCGAGGCGCUGGCCCUCGUGGCGCAGCUCGGCGACCUGCGGCUCUUCAAGGAAGGGCGGGGCCUGACGCACGGCGUCGUCUGGGCCGAUUUGGGGCGGUGGGCCGAGGACCGGGGGCUGCGGGUCCCCGUCUCCCUGAGCGACGACGACGCCCGCGCGGCCUGGGCGCGGGC